AAAAAGAGAGAUCCUCUAUUUCUCUAUUCUGUUAUCUUUCUGUCUCUCCUCUUCUUGAUCCUCUUCCUUUAUAAGAGAGGGAUGUUCAGGAUGUUUAGGUUCCGAGCGAUUAAUGUGAACUCUUCUUAUUAUGAACAAGAAUAUAAGUAUGUAUAUUUUAAAUAAACAAUAAUACAAUAGUAACCGACACCGCAGCUUAUAUUAAAUAUAUCUCUUUACAAAAGCUUAACGCUCUACGACUCUUCCUUCGACUUGACUCUAAUUUCUAUUAUUCGUCUCGACAUUAAUCGGCAAAAGGCUAAAGCUAAAAAGCCAAAGGCAAAAAGCCCCGUCUUUCUCUGUGCGUCUCCUUUUACCCUCUUCUCCAUCCGACGAGUCUGAUCUCCUAGGACCGGUCUUUCUCCCGUGGCUCCUCCCGGAAUAGACUGGUGCUGUCCUCCCUCGGCUGUAUCUUACAGUAUUGAGUAUAGAAUAACUUAGUGAAAAAAGAUUGUAUUACAUACAAGUGCGUAAAUUAAGCUUGGAAAACUCUGCAUCCCCAAACAAAAUAUAUAGAUAGAAAUACAAGAGUAGAGUUUCUGUGCUAUAUACCUCGAACUGAAGAAUUAUAAAUACACUAGAAUGGCAUAUAUCCUGAGCAAGACACCUGUUUUAUAUCGAACUACUUACUACAGGAAUAUUAUCUUGAGUCCUGUUGCUAAACACAUAUGUAUAAAGAAUUCUAGAUAUUUUUCUUCCAUUAAAUCAGAUCGCCUGACAGAGAAGAGAUUUAAGCUAAAAGAUAAUAUAAGUGAUGAUUAUAAGCUAAUAUAUAGAGAAUAUAACCGUAUACCUCAGUUAAUUAGUAUUACAUAUUAUACUGGAUGGUUUGGUGUUUGCUUUGUAAUAUAUAUUGUGGGAUAUAUAAUUAUCAAAAAUCCAUUAGUGUCAGACAAAGAAGUAGAAACAAGUUUCAGUAAAGAAAAGCUUAGUACUGAAACUGAUAGAAUAUUUAUGAUAAUUAGUGGUAUGUUCCUAUCUAUCGUACUGAUAUUAGGGAGUCAAAUGUUUCCUUUCAGAAUUUAUCAUAAUUGUUCACAAAAAUUGUACAAAGCUAUAUUUGUAAGUAAUAUACUGGGUAAAAAACAAAUAGAAAUAUUUGGUGAAGGCACUAUUAUACCCAUGUUUAAGGAUUUUGAACAUUUGUCAGAUAUAUUUUUUAAAAUAAAUGAUCGUAUUGUUCUACUAGAUAAAAGAUGUUUUCAAAAACCUGUAUUAUAUGAGAUGAUGAUUCGUAAGGUCAAAUAAAAUUCCGUGUAUUUUCA